AUGGAAAAAAAAGGUUUGAAGGAUGCCCAAAAGGAGCUUUCUUCUAUACCUACUUCGUAUCGGAUUUUAAUAAAGGGAACAGUCGCAAAUUCAGAUUCCAAACAGCUGAGAUCUAACAUAGAUGAAAAUCGCCAUAUUUGGAAAUUAUGUUCAUUUCGUAAUCCAGCACGUUCUGAUGGCUUGGUCUUACGCCAUUGGCGUCAUUUUGAAAAGUCUAAUGAAUAUUUAUCUUCUAAAAGAAAGCAAAAAUCCGUAAACAAGAAAUUUAUAUCGCAUAAUGUAGAUGACAAUACCACAUCUCCUCUUCCACCUAUUGAGGAAGAAGACACGAUUUUGGAUUCUUAUCCAUUUGCACGUGUCAACCCCUCAAUAAAAAUAUAUCGCUAUUCGGAUGAUUUUUAUCGUUUCCACCUUGCCGAGCUUGAUCCGACGUGGACUAAAGAUGAAACAGAUUUGCUUUUUGACUUAUGUGAAAUGUUUGAAUUGCGAUUUAUAGCGAUUCACGAUUGUUUUAAAUGGAGAAAGGAUAUCCCCCUGGAGAAAUUAAAACAACGCUACUACUCUGUGACAAAGCGUAUAGUUGAGUUCCUAUUUGAAGAGAAAAUUAAGAAUGAAAUUAUGAAACACAAUAACCCGAACCAUCCAAUAGUGUUGGCGUUAAAGGAUGAGUCUACCAGACAUCCACUUGUUAAAUAUACAUACAACCCUGAUAAUGAUCGUGAUCGUCGUCAGAUGUUGGAAAGAAGUUAUAGGAUUACAAAGGAGCAAAAAGAUUUAGAAGCUCAACUUCUUAAUGAUAUUAAGCAGGCAGAAACAAAAUUAAAGAGCGAAGAAAAAAAGAGGUCCGAAAUGCGGAAACUAAAACGCAGAUUUCAUAUAAAUGAGGCUGAUAUUAUUCCAACACCUAAAAUGGAUCAGUUACAGAGUAAAAAUGUGUGGCUCGCCAGUUCUUGUAUCGCAUUUUAUAAAUCUCAGCUUACACAAAGGCACAAUGACGCUGUAGAUGAAAUGUUGUCCGAGCUCAAUAUUUCACCUCCAAUUGUUUCUUCUCAAGCUUCUAAUGAGCUUUAUUGUAUCGUGAGGGGUGAUGCAGCUAUCAUGAUAAAUGUUGUUAACAAGGUAGAAAGUUUACGCAAAGAACUUGAAUAUUGGCAACAAAAUGUCCCUCACCUCUCUGAAUCUUUGGGGACGCAAAUGCAAAGUUUAAAGCCAAAGGAUGAACAAUUUAUUGAGCGUGAAAACGUUGAACCGAUGCAAAUGUAUCCGUCUACUCCACGUCAAUUGAUGGCUUCAAAACCCCUUCCUAAACACAAGGGCCCUGUUGUUCCUAAUGUCCAAGGACUUCAGGGUAUGCAAAGUAUGCCAGGAUUACCUAUUCAACAAGGAAUGCCUCAAGUCCAAAAUAUACAGCAGCAAAAUGUUCAGGACGACGAUGGAUCGUUCCAACAAAUUGCUUUGCAAAGAUUAAUGAUGCAGAAUAUGGGACAAAAUCGCCCACCUGGCUUAAAGCCAAUGUAUCCUAUUAAACCAGGAAAUAAUGGUGGAACUAGCCCGCAGGCAUUUCCACAGCAUAUUUACGCUCAAUACUCACAGCAAAUGUAUCAGCAACAAAGAAUGUUACAACAAAGAUUGAUGCAGCAACAACAACAGAUGAAACAAAAUAACUUCCCUCAAUCAAACUUUCAGCCCGUACAAAUGCCCCAAAUGCAACACCCUCCUAUGUCUCAGAUGCAAUUACCACAGCAGUCAUUCCAACAAAAUGGAUUCUCACAGAUGAAUUACCAACAGAUGCAGAUGCCAAUGCAUAAUCCGGAGGCUUAUUUUUCCCCUAAUCAGAGGUAUACACAAAACCCUCAUUACCCGUCUAUGAUGCAACAUGGGCAACAAUUACAGGGUGACUCUACAGCAAAACGACAGACACAGGGUGGAAGUCCACGAUUCUAA